UCAUCCGUCUAUUUUAUUAAUCAAAUCUUAACCUUUCAUCUCUUAUUAAAUCAAUGGUUGAGAUCGAAUCCUUCUUCUUCUCUAUUUUGAACUAUCUAAACCUAAGAAGAUUUUUUUCCCUUUAUCCUCCCCCCUCUCUUAUCCCUCCCCUCUCCCUUCUCUCUUCCUCUCCUCCGUUUUUUCCGGCGAAAGCCAUCAUCGCCGGUGAGAUCUCCCUCUCGCUCCUCCUUUGUCUUUCUCUUCUCCCCUCUCCCGUCUUUCCCCUUCUUCCCGACUCCUCUACUCUUCCUCCCUCUCUCCACCUCCUUUUUUCCAGCCGCCCCCUCACUUCCUCUCUCCCCAGGUAGCCGCCUCCUCUCUCCUUGGUCCGACUAAACGCCGCGAAGAUGGAGGCGAGCUCCACUGGCGAGCAACUAGCUCCAGCGAAACAAGCAGCCCAGCGAGCAGCUGCACGAAGCCAGUAGCCAUCGACGAUCAGUCAGUGCCGCCCGAACCCCCCUCUCCUUCCCGCUCUGAUCUUUCCUCCCUCCUCUUUUCUCUCUUUGCAGGUACAACAGUAGUUGCACCGACGAGUUUCAGACAGAACUCCAGCAGCAAGCAGCAACAACGGUGAGCAACUCUGGCGAGGCUUGAAAUUCAGGAAACUUGCGAGACGGGUCUCAAUAAAUCCGUCCAGAAUUAUGGCUCACCCUUAUUUUCCCAACACGCAAAUGGUGGUCAAAGUUAAUCCCAUUUUGAAGACUUGGUGGAAAUAUAUUCAAAAAAAUCAAGAGUUAGAAGCAAAUGAAUUGUUAGGCGGCCUCACUGCUUUGAUCUCCGUAGAGUCAGAUCGUCACUUAAUCAAGGCAUUAUUGAAAUUCUGGGACACCGAGAAGUUAGUCUUCAAAUUCAAGGAUUUUGAGCUAACCCCAACAAUCAAAGAGGUUGGAGGAUUCCUGGGUCUCACAUACAAAGAGCAGGAAAUGAUUGUUCCACACAAGCCAAGUCCAAGAUCUUUUCUGAAGCAAAUGGGCAUGUGUCAUAAUCCAAAUCUACUUUGUCUGAAAAAAGGUUGGAUUUCUUUAGAGUUCUUAUAUUCACGCUUUGGGGAUGAGGAAGGUCAUCAAAACUUUCACAAAGAAUUUGCUUGCUCUUCUACAAAAUGGGAAAGAUAUCGUCUUAAUGCAUUCGCCGUCGCCCUAUUAGGCUCAUUGGUUUUUCCUAGAGAAAGAGGAAAGAUCCACACCGGCUUGUGUUACGUGGUUCGUAUGUUGGCUCGAGGUGGGAAGACCUUAGUCCCCAUGAUACUUGCAGAUUUUCUAAGAGUCUUGAUUGCAUGCACCAAAGGCAAAAGAUACUUUGAGGGGUGCAACUUUCUGCUGCAACUUUGGGCCGUCGAACAUUUCUACCAAAGAGCUAAUAAUUCGAGGGACUAUGGGGAACAAAAUUAUCAACCAUUGCCUAAGGAUGAAAUAUUUUAGGAGCGCUCAGCCGUUGAAAUCCAAUGGAGGUAUUAUUGGUUGAAGCCACGACGUGCCAUCAUAAGAGGAAAUGAACUUUACUUCAUUGAGCUUAUCAGUUUGAAUGGUGUGCAACCAUAUGCACCACUUCGAGUCCUUCGAUAAUUCGGACAUAUCCAAAUGAUACCUCUGCGAUCCAACAUGAGCCACUAUGGAUAUGACUUUGGGUCAGAAUUACCGCAAGUGAACACUAUACUACGAAGAUGGAAGAAUGUGAUAACUAUCGAUGUUCAAGAGCACCGACCCUUCUGCACACCUGAAUAUUAUGUAUGGCUUUUAGAAGACAAAGAGCAUAGAGAUUUGAGCGAAGGAGGUCUUCCUGGUUUUGGCGAUGAAAAAGAGAGAAGAUGGGCUCGCAACCUUCUCAACACCGAUUAUGACAUUACCCUAAAAAUGAGGAAGCAGACUGUGCCUCACAUUGGAGAACAACAUAAUUGAAGUUUUUUUUUCCACUUUAUUCCCCACGUGUUAUCCCUAGCCCUUUAGUUAUCUCUAGAUUGAUGUAAUAAA